AUGACGGUAAGAAUUUAUAAUUUUUUUUUUUUUUCAUUUAUAACACGCCAAUUUGUAUAAUUUGAUAUUUCCGGUGCAAAGGCGCGAGUCACCUCACAAAAUAUACGAAUAGCCUCCCGUUCUUAUCGUAAAUAAAAAGAUUAAUAUACACUAGUUGACUCCAAUAAUUAGGUAAUUCAUAGUUAUAUACGAUUUGUCUCCCAUAUAGAAUACAGUAAUGGUUCAUAAACUAAACUGAAUUUAAUAUAAUAUUUAAAAAUUGUAUUAAAAAUAAUAAGAGAAUAAUUGGUCAAUAAAAAUUAUUUUUAAUUUUUUACCCCUACUCCAUAUACCUUAAAUAAGUGCAUACUUUUGAUUUUCAAAUAGGAACGCCCUCCCUCUUUUGAACACUGAUUUGAAUAGAGAAUAUUUUUCUAGAAAUUUUGAUAUGAACCACACUAAUAUCAUUGAUAUCAAUCAAUGGUUGUUAUAACAGAAUUGCAUCUCGGGUAAAGCAUAAUAAGCGGCUAGAACACAGUGUAGUGUGUUAACAUGCCAACCGUCAACAGUAUCAGCUCGUUUUUUUAUAACUUAUUAUAAAUAAUUGGGCAAUGAAAUCGAAAUAAAAGUACGCAGACAUUGCGUAGAUAUACAUGGUUCUUUCUUAUGCGCACUAGAUUUUCAGUAUCUUCAUUAUACAAUACACAAGUAUGAUGUGAGAAAAGUAGUGGUUCGUUAUUCGUUAUUUCGUAAACAAUUUAUUUAAUUUAAUUAUGAUUCAUGAUAAUUACGCAGUAAAUACUUACUUAUGAUGAUAACACGGGAAUAUUUUGUAAAUUCAAAAUGAAAGUAAAUUUAAAUAUUUUUAAGUUGAUCAAUUUUUAUUUAUUAAAAAAUUUUGAUAAAAUUGUCUAUACAUACGAUGUAAAUUUAACCAAAAAUAUAAAUAGAUACAUGUUUUGCUAUAUAUUAGGUAAUUUUCCUGCAAUUUCAAAAACACUAAAUAAUAAUAUUACCAAUAUAAUUAAACCCCAAUAAUUUACUUAAGUUAGAAAUAGGUGCCUAUGUUUAAAGUGUAUACAAUUACUUGUGAAUUUCAAUUUCGAAUUAUGUAUUCUGGCUGUACAUGAUUUCAGAUUCCGAGCGUAGCGAAAGAGCGAUUGAUUUUAUAAUGCUGUUUAUUUUUUUUUCUUCUUUUUCUUUGUUCUAGUCUGUGGACACAUUUUUUUCUAGGAAACGUGCUCUACUUUUUACGUAUAGCAACUUUUCUGAUAGUUUAAGUUGUCUAAAUGGUACUUUAAAGUGGUUAUUUUGAUUUUUGAUGCUCUUUAUUAAAUAAAAUUACUUGAGUGGGAUAAAACGUAGAAGAACGUACAAUUUCACGAUUUUAUUAUUUUAUAAAAACACGGACGACGUUUUCUACUAGAAAAAAUGAUUUAAUCAAAAAAUCACAAAAAAACUUUUCGUUGCCUUUUUUAUUUACUUUCUUAAGGUAUCAUUUCCAAAACUUUUAAGCCACUUUUGAGCUUUGAGAGAGUUUUAAUUUUUAGGUUUUUUUUUUGCUGUAAUUCGGUUAUAAAUACACGUAGAGACUUUAAACUUGAUAAAAAUACUUAUAUUGGACUUAACUAGAUGUGUUAAAAUUUCCAAAAUCAUCAGACGACUUUUUUUUUUUAAUAAGCGUUUUGAAAUCGAAUUCAAACGAAAAUCGCCAAAAAAUUACGGUAUUUAAAAUUAUUUAUUACCGAAUUGCGCUCGAAUUCGUCUUUCGUCAAGUAAUGGUUUAUCGUUGCUUACAGAUUUAUUAAAUGAAAUAACUUUUUUUAUAUUACCUUUCCAACUUCUCACUUACAACAGUGGCCGCUCCAAUCCCCGGUAUCAGUUUCUUUUUUUUUGUAAUGACACCGUUAAAAAAUCAGGGGCGCGUAAAAUAUUGGAAAAUAUGUUGUCAAGAUCAUAUUUUAUUUUGUAGGAACUGUAUUUUGUUGGAAAUGUACUUUUUUAGAACUAUAUUUGUCGGAAAAAGAAUUUGUCAGAAAGUAUUUUGUCGAAACCGUAUUAUGGCGGAAAAAGAAUUCGUCGGAAAGUACUUUGUAGGAAAUUAAUUUUAUUGGAACUGUAUUUUGCCAGGAAGUUUUUUUUUUUAGAAAAAUAAUUAGUCUGAACAUAUUUUGUCGGGAACGGAUUUUAUUGGAAAUAUAUUUUAUUGGAAAAUAAUUUUUAUUCAACGACGAUAAGAUGCAGUCACGAAUGCAGUACGUAUGAUAAAAUUACGUUGAACAAUUCCGACAAAAUACUUUCCGAUGAUAUAGUUUUCAAACAAAAAUACGGUUCAACAAAAUAUUUUUUGACGAAUUAUUUUUCUGAAAAAAAUUUUCCGACAUCAUAUUUUUCCGAAAAUAAACUUUCUUACUUAACAUUUUUCCAACAAAAUAUGUUUCCAACGAAAUAUUUUCCGACAGAAUAUUUCCCAAAGCUUUAUUUUUCCGACAAAAUACUUUCUAACAAAUUAUAGCCCUCCGAAAUAUCUUGUGUACGUGCCUCACGCCGAAAUGGCCGUGUCCACUCAAAAUCUGUAUCCCUCUCAAAAAAAUGGUAAGCAAAUUUAAUUUUUUUAAUAUGAUUCUUAUAUUUUUGUUUAGAGUUUUCAAUGGAUCGGUUUGGUGUUUUUGAUAGCGAUAAUUAAUGACGUGUUUUCCAUAGUAAAUAUAGAGGUUUCGAAUGAUGUUAUGAAACAUACAACAGUAAAAUACCCAAUUACUGGGACUACAUACGAAUUCCGCAUAGCGGCGAUCAGUGACUUGGAGAAAAAGUCGAAAAGCCUUUUGGGGCCUAAUGUGUGGUCGACAUAUUUGAAGAAGGGGUGUUUGAUUUACAAUUCCAAUUCUCAAGCAAUUUCCGUAAAUUGGGACAGUGGAUUGGAAAAAGGUGAAAUUCACUAUACUAAUAACUCGAAUGUAGAUGGCCGAGGUUUCGAAAUGUCGGAGAUGGUAACUUUUUACGGUCAAUUGUUGGCCGCCGAUGAUGAAACAGGAAUACUUUAUAAAUAUGAUAAAGGAGAUUUUGUGUAUUGGCACAUUGUUCCGGCAAAUAAUGAAGGUAAUAAUUCGUUUAAACAUACCUAAGUACUUAUUAUAAGAGGGAGAAAUACAGGUACAUAAAAGUUUAGGUAUACCGUAUUAUGAACAUAUGAUAUUAAACAAUUUUACAUUAUAAGUAUUUCAAAGAAGUUAUAAGUUACAAAAAUGUGUAACUUUUUUUUUAAAUUGUUGAAAACUCAUUUUUGGUGAGUAAAAUGCUUUGAUAUUUGAUCCAUGCAGUAUCCUAAGAAAAAUGCGGAAUUUUCAAUUGGUUGUAUAUUUUAAAAACAGGUCUCGUAAAAUUUAAAAGUUCACCUCCUAAUAUCUUUCAUGAUAUUUGUGAAUUUCAGGGGUUUUUCGAUAACAAUGAAAAGAACUAUUCUACUCCACACAUUAUCGUAUUAUUUAUCGUUUUCAAGGAUUUACCGUUGCAUAUAGAAUCGUAUUACAUUUACUGGGUUUUUAUGACAUAGUUCUGUUUGCCCCGAAAUUUUGGUUCAAUAUGCAAAAAUACGCAAAAUAAAUUAAUUUUAUUAAAAUAAAAUAGAUUAAUUAUAAUUCGUAAACGUUAUUAACAUAAAGUUAAAAAUAUGCAGUAAAAUACGAAUUCGUACUCUAGUUAUAAGCCACCAAUAAAAUAGGAAUACACAUUCGAAAAGUUUGAUAUCGGUAAAUUAAAAUCAUUAAAUAAUAAUAAGAUAGUAUUUUUAACAUAAACAUUCGAUAAAUGAAAAUACAUUUUAUUUGAUUUAGGAGCACAGGGACAAUCACCUUCAGAACAUGGUCAAGGUGAAAAGAACAGUAACACACAUAAAGGUAAAAUUAUUAUGAAAUAACAAUUUAAUGUUGAUAUUUACAGUUUAAAGUUAAUGUAGAAAAAAGUAAGUUGAGUUGAAGUUAUGUGAAUUAAAACUGCGAACUAAAAAAUGAAGUUAAAUAGUUAUUAUUAUUAUUAUUAUUAACUAUUUAAAUUAAAAUUUUAAAAGUCUGUUACAAAUAAUUACAAAUAAGUUUAAUGAGUUAAAAAUGAUUUCAAGUUAAUUUAGUUAGCUUGGAGGGGGGUACAGCCACUCCAAUUAUAAAUUGAUUAUAACUCUAGUAUAGUGGGGUUACAAAUUUUAAAAAGUUGGUUAAAAAUUAAAAGAAAAAUAAUACAUUUAAUUUCUAUCGAUUUGGUUAAUGUAAUAGGCUCACAUGAAGUUGGCUCCUCAUUGAGAAACAAGUUUUAAAUUGUGAACGAUGAGGUUAAAAAUUCUGCAAAGUUCAUUACAACUAGUUACAAAUUUAAAAAAAUUAGGUUACGAAUAUUUUAGAUGUUUUUUAGUGAAGUGGAGGGGCUAAAUUCAAAUACGUUAAUAUUACAGCGUAAUAAAUUUUCCGUUGCAAGUUCUGCAGUCGGCCACAAGAUGAAUCAUAGAUAUAGAUAGAUCAAAUUAAUAAUUUGUUAUUAUUAUGUUUUACAGUUUGGUAAGCAUGAAAUAUCAAAUAUGUAUACAAUGUAUAUCUGUAAAAACAUUACCCCAUCUAGAUAAUGAGAUUUAUUGGGUUUUUCUGUUCUAUCCAAAAAUACCGAUGAAUAUUAAUUUCACCAUUUAUUGGUUAUUAGGUUUUUAAGGUAUUAAAUUACAAUUCUUUUUUUAAUUAGGUUAUAUGGCUUGAAUUAGUUUAAGAACUUUAGAAUUUUUGUGGUGGUGAUCGCAUUGUUUUAAUGGCCUUAAUAUUUAAGAUUUUUGAUUAAAUUAAAAUAAGAUUCUAAAUAGAGCGAAUAAGCGUAUGAUUUUACAAAGAUGUUUAUUUUAUUUUUUCUGUGGACAACUUUUCUAUCAGCAAUUUUGCUCCAACUUAGAAGAAUAAUGUUGCAUAUAGCAACAUCGUUAGUAGAAUUUGAUAUAAAUGAUAAUCCAGUAUAAUGUUGUUACACACCAAAUAAUAAUAAAAUAGCGUCUUUCAUUUAAUGCUUGUCAUAAUAAAAAUAUACAUUAAAUAUUUAUUGAUUUAUAUUUUAUUUCAUUAAAAAAAGAAUCAAAUGUGGAGCUGUCAAUAUCCUCAGAACAUGCCGUUUCAAGUUCUGAAGUCUCCCCACCAGGUCAAUCGAUAGGUAAAGUAGAUACAAUUAACACUUUUAUUGUAUUUUUAUAUGUUUAGUUUUGGCAUUCUUGGAAUGCUUGUGUUAUUUAAUGAAUAUCUUUAAGUAAACAACCUCAUCUCAAAAUACAAUAAGACUUAUGUUGAGUUUUUCGAUGGUUUUUAAAAUGUCCAAUUUUUAAAUUAAUAAAUGAUACCUUAUUUCGACCAUGGAAUCGAAAAAAUCUUUUGCUCCGCUACAUAAAAUCAUGGAUUUGAUUUAUGUUGAAUACCUACUUUAAUUAUGUUGUUAAUAUGACAAAAACUAGCAUCAGAAUAAUUUUUUUAACACAAUUAAAGUGUCUUGCAAAUGUAGACCCCUUCAUAAAAAUAUCCAUCAAAAAUGAUCUUUAUUUUCAAGUGGCUAUGCAUUAGUCACAAUAAAAUCGAUCGCAUGCCAUUUUUCGAUUGGAGUAAUACUUGUAAUACAAAAUAUAUUUUGAAAAACUAAAAACAAUAAAAUCUAUAACGCUGCGUACGUAGUCUUGUUUAUAUUUGCAGUUUUAACUAAAAUUUUCUUUCAAGUUUUUCCCUUUGAAAAUUAAAAAAAGAAUUUCUCAGGAGGAUUGUCCAAAAACGAUAUAAAUGGUAUGAUAUAAAAGGUUAUUUCAUUUAUACUUCUAUGUUACGACAGAUAAAUGCUAAUAAAAACAACUCAGAGUGAAGUUUCGUUUUAAUUUUUUUUUUUUUUUUUACUGAUCAAUUUUUUAACAUCGGUGACAAUAGCCAUUAGUUACAAUUUUUUUGUUUUAUAUUUAGUUAUACAGCAUGGAUUUGUUUAAGAACUUUACAGUUUGUGUGGUAGUGAUUACAUAGUUUUACAGCUCUUAAUAUUUAAGAUUUUUGAUUCAAUUUUUUUUUUUUUUGACUCCUUGUUAUAAAUUGUAUUAUUGGUCAUUGAGGAAAGGGAGAUACAUAAGACAUCGUUGAAUUUAUAAGUCAUUCAGUAGCAAGAUCGUAAGUAGAAGUUGAUAUAAGUGAUAAUCCAGCGUAAUAUUGUUGCAAACCAGAUCGGAAAAAAAUUACGUCUUUCACUUAAUGCUUGUUUUUAUGAAAAUAUACAUUAAUUAAUUAUUAAUGUCCAUUCUAUUUUAAUUGUUAUUUGUUCACAUUUACCCGCAAAAAAAGAAGGAGGAAAUUUGAAGCUUUCAGCAUCCUCAGAACAUACCGAUUCAAGUUCUGAAUUCGCCUCACCAGGUCAAUCAAUAGGUAAAGUAGAUACAAUUAACAUUUUUAUUGUAUUUUUAUAUGUUUAGUUUUGGCAUUCUUGGAAUUCCUGUGUUAUUUAAUGAAUAUCUUUAAGUAAACAACCUCAUCUCAAAAUACAAUAAGCCUUGUGUUGAGUUUUUCGAUGGUUCUUAAAAUGUCCAAUUUUUAAAUUGAUAAAUGAUACCUUAUUUCGACCAUAGAAUCGAAAAAAUCUUUUGCUCCGCUACAUAAAAUCAUGGAUUUGAUUUAUGUUGAAUACCUACUUUAAUUAUGUUGUUAAUAUGACAAAAACUAGCAUCAGAAUAAUUUUUUUAACACAAUUAAAGUGUCUUACUAAUUCAAACUGACCCCUUCAUAAAAAUAUCCAUGAUUAAAUAAAAUAAUAAAUAUUUAAACAAGUAUGGACAUUAUUAUCAGUAAAUAAAUUACAAAAUUAAUAUUUCCUAAAUAUUCUACUAUUGAAACAUGAACACCUGCGUGUUCAUUAUGUUACUCAAUAAACACGGCCGAUGAACAACCCGUAUACCUAUUAUAAUGUGUAAAAUAAUGAAAGGAUCUAUAAUUUGUAUCAUUGGUCAUUGGGUAGGGGUAUACGUCAAGACAUCGUUAGAUUUAUAAAUCAUUCAAUAAAAACAUCGCUAGUAGAAUUUAUUAUAAGUUCCAGCAUAAUAUUGUUGAAUACAAAAAUAGUAAUAAAAUUGUAUCUUUGACGUAAUAGCUUGUCAUAGUGAAAAUACGCUUUAAAUAUUGAUUAAUUUAUAUUUUAUUAUUAUGGUUAUUUAUUCUAUUCAAGAACUCGUAAAUGAACAUGAAACAAUUGAGGCGAAAAUUUCUUCAGAAAAUACCAGUCAACCACCACAAGGUAAAAAUACAAUUAACACCUUGAUAUUAUUAUUAUGUUUUCUAAUAAAAUGAUAGUAAAAAAAAAUAAAUGCAGAUUAUAAGGACCGGUGUGUCACUGGUUUAAGCGGAAAGUUGGAAUAUUGGAUAUAUUAAUAAUUUAUUAAUAUCUGUAAAUAAUGAUAAAUCAAUGCUUAAGAAAAACGUUUCAGAAAAAAGUUCGGUUAUACAAUUUCAAUGGCUGUAAUAUUUACAAUUUUGGUUUAAAUUUCUUAUUAAAAUUAUUAUUUUUUUUUCAAAAGAAACUGGCAUAGGAUAACGGGACUGGUGCAGCCACUGUUAUAGGUAUUUGAAUGUACACCUGUAAGUAACGAUUACCCAUCGCUAAAGAAAAAACGAUUCUUAGGUUGUCUAUUUUUCCGUUUUUCAUACGUUUUUUCCCAUUUAUUAUGAAUUUAGCUUGGAAAAUCAAAAAAUAACCUUUUUAAAGUACCACCCCAGUUAGAUUUCCUUUCGGAAAAAAUGCUAUCAUUGUUAAUCGAAGCCAAAUCGCUGGAAAAAAAUAAUAAAUAAACAUCGUUAUAAAACCAAUAAAACCAUUCCUCACUUUACUCAGAACCUAACAUAAGACUAUUGUGAGAAAAAAUAAGAAUAAUAUAUACCAACAGGUCUUCGUCGAAAUUCGUUUAUGUGUUGCACACUAGACGGACGGUGACUACAAACUCUUUAAAAUUGAAAUUUACCCGUGACGGGCAUAGGCCAUAGUGUCGUUUAUAAUGUAGACAGUUCACUCGUAUCAAAAAUUACCUUUAUCAUCAGUGACUAUGCAUUAGGCACAAUAAUAUCGAUCUCAUGCCAUUUUUCGAUUGGAGUAAUAUUUGUGUUAAAAAACAUAGUUUGCAAAAAUUAAAAAUUAAUAAAAACAGUAACGCUGCGUCAUGCGGUGUGUCGUUUUUAUUUGCAGUUUUACCAAUAAUUUUUUUUCAAGUUUUUCCCAAUUAUUAUGAAAUCCCUUUGAAACAUCAAAAAAAAAAAAAAUGUCUCGAUACACUAACUAGAUAAAAAAUCAUUUCAGAAAUGAAGGAACACUCAGAUAGAUGGUCCAGAAUUAAUAUUAAUGGUAAGAUAUAUAAAGUUAUUUAAUUUAUAUCUGUAAGGAACGAUAAAUUAAUGCUAACAAAACAAUUUAAAACGAAUUACCUUUCAAUUUUUUUUUUUUUUUUUUACUGAUCAAUUUUUUAACAUUGGUUACAAUAGCCAUUAGUUACAAUUGUUUUGUUUUAUAUUUAGUUAUACAGCAUAGAUUUCUUUAAGAACUUUAGAGUUUGUGUGUUAGUGAUUACAUUGUUUUAAAGCUCUUAAUAUUUAAGAUUUUUGAUUCAAUUUUUUUUAAACUCCUUUUUAUAAAUUGUAUCAUUGGUCAUUGAGGGAAGGGGGAUACAUCAAGACAUCGUUGGAUUUAUAAGUCAUUCAAUAGCAACAUCGAUAAUAGAAGUUGAUAUAAGUGAUCAUCCAGCAUAAUGUUAUUGCAAACCAAAUCGUAAAAAAAAGCGUCUUUCACCCAAUGCUUGUUAUUAUGAAAAUAUACAUUAAUUAAUUAUUAAUUUGCAUUCUAUUUUAAUUGUUAUUUGUUUACAUUUACCCGAAAAAAAAGAUGAAUUAGAAGCGUUAAAGAAAAAAACUUCAGAAAAUACCGGUGCUAAUUCUGCAGUCACUGCACAAGGUCAAUCAGCAGGUAAGAUACAAUCUUAUACAACACCUUUAUGGUAUUUUUAUUUGUUUAGUUCCGGUGUUUUUGGAAUGUCUGUGUUAUUUAAUGAAUAUCUUUAGGUAAACAACCUCAUCACAAAACAAAAUAAAUAUAAAAUAUAUAAUUAUAUUGAGUUUUUCGGUGGUUCUUUUAAUGUCAAUUGUUAUUUAAUAAACAAGUCCCCCAUUAGUAAUCAAUUAAAUAAUAAUGCAACAAUUAAGAUUCUUAGAGUUUAAAAUAAUUUUAUCAUAAUGCCGUAAAUUUGUCAGUUUUUAAUUAGACUUUUUUGGGGUUUUUCAUAAAUGAAAAAUUAGAUUUAUUCCACAUAAUUUUUUACUCGAAAUGUUUUCUUCAACAUUUGAUAUUAAUACUCCUUUAAAAAAAAAAUACUACAUUAAACCCAAUUUUUUUUUUCAUCACAAAGUAAGACUUUCAAUGAACCCCCUGUUAAUUUUUCACUCAUUUAUGUUUAUUCUAACAAUUUUACCACAUAGUACUUACCGAAUAAAAAUUACGUACAAAACUCACAAUAUUUAAAUGUCUAUAAAUGGCUCAAAAAUGGCUUAAUUUUUUUGAAAAUUUUACGACAACUAGAAAAGGUAAAUAUACGUUUUCUGUACAUAUUUUAAGUCUCUACAAAUAUUUUUAACUGAAUUAUAACAAUGUAACAAAAUUUAAAAAAUAACAAAAGCAUAAUUUUCGUAAAUGUCCCAUUUUUCUUAUGUUUUAUCCGGGUUUUUUCCCAAAUAUUAUGAAAUCUACUUGAAAAAUCAAAAAAUGACCUCUUAAAAGUACCAUAUGCACAAUAUUUCCUUUCAGAAAUUAUUUCACGCGUAUAUAUCGGAGAAAGAUUUCUGGUAGAAUUUGUGUACACAAUAUAAAAAAAAAUAAAUAAAAAAUAAACAUCUAUAUAAAACUAAUACAUUCUUCGCAUUCAAAAUUUAAAAUCAUGAAAUAAAUAUAUAAAUAAAAAUAGAAUUAUAGUAUAAAUUAAAUAAUUUUUUUCUUUUGUCAUAUUAUGAAAUAUGAUAGAAAUCCCGAAGUACGACACUAUCACAAAAACGUUAUUUCAUAUAAUAAGUACACAGUCAAUGAGAAACUGAGAACUACGAUUAUAACUAUGUGAAGAGUGGUACUUCCGGUACGUAUCACAAAAGUGCUGACUGCUGACACGCCUAUUUAUUUCGUCAGAGGUAUAAUGACUUAAUUUGAAGCAUUCAACUAGGUUACAUUAUCCGAAAAAGUGUUUCCCAAGAACUUAAGACACAUCGUAGUAUUACUAAAAAGUAAUAGCUUCUUAGUUAUGUAUAUAAAAUAUUAAAAAUUAUAAUUUAAUCUUAAAUUUAACUUAGACAAAUAUUUUGUCAAUAAUUAAGGAGUUUAUUAAGGGUAAGGAUUAUUAAGUUUUUAUUAAAAAAUUCAAUAAUGUAAAACUAUAUCACUUCAUUUCCACCCUGUUGCCAUUCCUAAUAGUAUUUGGUUGAGACAAUUUGUAUUAUUCAUUCUAAAAUAAGAAAAUAAUAUUCAUCUGAUGCAUUUUCCGACGGUAAAUUGAAAAUGUCAAAUAAUCACAAAAUAGAAUUUUCGAUGUAAGGAAACGACCUCGUGCUAAUAUACGUUGAAUAAUAUUUAAUUUGAUUUAGCAUCGUCGCAACAAGAUCAUGGAAACCAUAAAUUGAAAAAAAUUAUAGGUAAAUAUUACAGUUUAGUAUUAUUAUUUAAAUUUUCGGUAAACCUGAGUAUAUUUUUAUAAUGACUAGGUAUGUGGAAGUACCUACACCGUCAGUCUGGACACGUCUAGAUAAUAAUGCAAUGUGCAUAAUUUCGUUUUUUUGUCAUUUCUAAAGGUAUUAAUAGUUUAUAAUAACCUAAUAAUUUGGUUACCUCAACCUAAUAUUAACAAUCUAAUUCGGUUAGUUUAUCUCCCGUCAUUAUAUAUAAUACAUCGAGCAUAAAUAUCGAUCGUUAAUAUAUUAUAAGCUAAUAGGCCAUGUGGUUUUAUUCUUUUUGAAUAUCGUUUUUCUUUUAUUAUUCUACAACUCUGCAUCUACAUGAACAUUUGGCAAUUUUUUUAUGAUUGCAAAUUGUUCUGUAAGAAGAACUUUUUUCUGACAUGAUUUUCCUGGGACGGUUGAAUUUGUUUUUCCAAAAUGAUAAAUUUUAAAAUGUUCAAUGAUUUCAUUUAAACAUGUUUGGACUCGAUUUUGGUAUCUGAAUUAUAAUAUAUAUAUAUACAUAUACAUAUAUUUACGAUGAUGCGUUUUGUUAAAAAGCGAUGAACAUAGAAUGGGCCACGGUGAAGGACGGGUCACUGUUUGUGGGUCCCAACGGUAUUGGCCAAUCAAAAUUUGUGGCAAUCAUCAACAGAAAUAAGCAAAUUACGUUCGAGGAUUGGUCUAAAAAUUUCGAUAAAAUCAAGGAUGUGGCAGGAAUAAAAAAGGAUGGGUACAUGACCUUCGAAUCGUGCGAGUGGAGCAAGGAGCAAAACAAGUUUUUUUUCUUGCCCAAAACGGCGUCAAAUAGUGCUUACGACCGAAUCAAGGAUCGACAACAAGGCUUAAACCUAAUCAUGUCCGCAUCGCCAGAUUUCAAAGAAGUUCAGGUGAAUACAUUAUAAUAUUAUUAUUAACAAAAAUAAUUUGGUAGUUACAGGCAUCGCGUUUAAUAAAUUAAAAUUAAAACACGAUAUUAGAAUAAUUAAACGACACGUAAAGGUAACACCUUUAUUGAUUUAAUAUUGAUAACAAGAAAAUAGCGAUUUAAAUUAAAAUUAAAAAUACUGGCACAGUGAGGUUAAUAUUUCACAUUACAAUAGUUAUUGUUUAUCGGACCAUCAUAGGUCAGGUGCGUUGACGCACGUACUGAACUACUUAAUUAUACUUAUUGCACGUUGCUUACGAUAUAAUUUUGGCAUUAUAAUAUAUAACGUAGAUACCUAUAUAUAUAUAUAUAGUGGGUAAACUAUAAAAUAUAACCGUUAACUCGCCUGUUUUUCGUUUAAAUAUUUUAGAAAGAAGGCAAUAUCACUGAGGUCUACACUGAUCGCGGCUAUUCUAGUUUCAAGUUUCUGCCCUACACCAAAGACCAAGUAAUUGUCGCGUUGCAAACUUCAGAAAUCACCAACGAAACGCACAUUAUAGCGUUCAACACUAACGGAAGUGUACUCUAUAAGCCAACCAAAGUAGCCGAUAUUAAAUUUGAAGGAUUCGAAUUUGUAUGAGUCCCGGCUCCCGGUAACCGGGUUACUUUUAAAUCCGAUCGAUUUUUUUUUUGUUUUUUUACCAAUAAAGUUAAUGCUCAGAUUUCUCGGUUUUUUUUUUUUUUUUUAUGUAUUCCAUUGUAUACUUGAUAGGAUUUUAAUGUUUAAAUUAAAUUUAACUAUUAAGAUUAAUAUAUUAAUGUGUUUAGUAUUAUAACUUUGAUAUUGAAUAGCUAAUGAAGUAGGUACAAUUGUGUAUGAAAAUAUAAUAUUAUAUAUUAAUGUUUAUUAUAUUUGUAUUUGUAUAACGUCACAUGUUAUAUUUCCUAAAAGUUGAUCGUAUGUUUUUUGUCCGAAACACGUUAGGGCUACCGAAACUUAAAUUGGAAAUCGUAAUAAUCUGUAACUAACUAUAUUCCGUCCAUUAUGUUUUAAAUUGUUGAACUUAUUGUUUUAUUUUAUUUAAGAUUAUUUAGCUAAAAUUAUGACAGUUGAACAAUUAUUAAGAAUAUCGAUAUGCAUAGUGAAUGUAUAAGGUAAUAUUCGAACAUACAAUAACAUUAGGGUAAUAAAUUAAAUUUAUAUCGUUCAUACAAUUAUACCUAAUGAGACUAAUUAAAAUAAACAGAAUGAAAUUUCAAUGCGAUUAGGUACAAUAGAUACAAUAGGAAAUAUAAUAAUUAAGUAGAAAUAAACAAAAAUAAAUGUUACAGACCAUAGAGUAUAGCGUGCUUGUGGUGAGGAGAGAUAUUAGUGGUUCAAUUGAAGAAUAUAAAUUAGUAAUACAUUUUCACAAGAUUGAUGAGACGGAAUUUAAUGUUGGAUUGUUGUUUGUGACAGCUUUUGCAUAUGAUCUAAUUCUGGGCUUGGCUUAAGUAUUUGAGAACUCAGGUGGAGGAGCCUUUGAGAACGAUAUGAGUAUAAGGUAUAUUUUAUUUAAACCAGACGAAUGUUUAUUAUCGUGAAACAAUUUGCCUUUUUGUACGUAGGACAUCCUUUAUAAUUAGCGGUAUUUGUGCCAGAGCACUAAGUACAUUUGCCCGGUAAGUCGCGCGACUUGUUGCAUUCUUCGGUUAAACGGUUCAGGCUAUAUUUAACGCAACGAAGAAUAUGUGAACAAUAUCGAAACGUUGGCCCCUUAUGAUUGGUACCACUUACAUUGUGUCUGAUGACGAAUUUCUUUUGGUUUUUCGAUGAUGACUUUGAAAUGAAGUAGCUUUGUUAGUUUAAAACCAUCAAAGUUAAACUCGUUGUUUGCAAGAUUAAUAGUGAAAAAUGACAUUGGAAAUUUUCUGGCACUAUUUAAAAUAUCUUCAACGCCUAAAACGGAGAAACUUAGUUUGGUUAGGGCCGCUUCAAUAUCUACUACGGGAGUAGAAUGAUGGAGGCGGUAAAUUAUCGCAACGAUUGGGUGGAUGAAGCGAGGUGUAUAAGUAUGUAAUCUGUCCCCAAGAGAUAAUUCAAAAGUUUUUUGCAAUGGUUACAGUUAUUGGUUGAAAUUUUUAGGAACUCAAGGUGAACCCACUUUAUCCCACGACAGAAAUGAUAUCGCACUUUAGCUGAUUGGAAUUGGUCAGGUUUUUGAUAUAUAUUUAUGGUCACUUACAGGUAUCCCAAUCUGAAGAACUGGCCACCGGUGGAGGCGGUGGAUCGACUGUGACUUUGCCUUUUAUGGGAGGCGUAUCUGGGACUGGUGGGGAGCUGAAUACAUCGGGUGGUGAAUCAAUGUCCUUAGAUAGUGAGGCAUAUCGGUUUAGAGUGACAGCAAUUUUGGAUAUUUUAUCAGUAGAACUCAGAGACGACAAUGAUGACGAAAACGAUGAUAAAUUACGUUUUGUCUAAUCAGUAUUUCGAGACAUGGUCGGUUUUUAUGUAAUUAUUUAACGUAGCAUUUUAAUGAGCAGUUAUAUUGAUAAAAGUAGAAUGGCCGUUGCGAUAGCGCUAAGGAGCGUGAUACGUGUGUUUGAUGCGACGUUCAAUACAACACUGAUUUUUAAAUUUAAACUAUUUUUACGGAGCCAAUAAUUUGUAACCCCAUUAAUUCAAAAUUUGAACUUUAAAUACUUAUAACAAAAACAGCGUGACUACAGAUUUCCAAUACUUUUGUAGUGCUAUAAAAAUGACUUAUGAAUCAUAAGUUAAUAAUUAAUAAAUAAUUUAGAAUCAUUUAUCAUAAAACAAUUUCGUGUAAUAUUGCAAUUAAUUU